AUGCCUCCGCCAUCUUCGUGGUCCUCCCGCCUGCUCUCGUCCGGCAGUGCAAGCAGCAAUGCGCGCGACAAGCCGCUCCCUCGGGCUCCAUCCGACUAUCUGGAUACACCCACACUGAAUCACGAUCGUCGGCCACCUUCUCCGACACGGCCACGCACAGUCGGCCCUCGACAGCACGCCCACAAUCGCUCCGCGAGCAAUCCUUUGCCCAAGAUCUUUGGACGCAAGAAGAGCACCAACUUUCACGAUACACACGGCACGGGAGGAGAAGGCUUGGUGCGAGUUAGUGAAUCUGUCGAGCCCGCACCCUCAGGCGUCAUCUCAAGCAAGAGAGGCAAGGCUGUUGACGAUGGGAGCAAGACGACUAGAAAGUGCAUGUGUUGCGACAGCCGGGUGAACGUCCCAAGAGAGCUUCCGCGCUUCAGAUGCUUGUGUUGUUUGACAAUAAACGACUUGAAGCCGGUUGAAGAGCAGACCGAGGACGAUCAAGGCCGACCGAUCUUGAAGACACUUCCAGGACAGCUAUCGUCCAGCAACCAUUCGCCGCUUUCCAUAGAGCGGACCCGUGCAAUCAUUGAUCGAUGUUUAGAUGUCUAUCUCGAGGAGCGCUGUAGACGAGAGGAACCCAACGCGCCGGAUCCUACCGCAUCUAUCAGUGAGGAUGUCUUUGGUUCAGAACAACGCUCAGCUGCAAUGCCCAUCAGGCCUCGUAAUGGCAAGCAACCACUCGAUUCAUCCGCAUCAUUAUCAAGAUCGCCGCCGGAGUCGUCAGGAGAUCUGUUUUCAACAAGUGCGACUAUUCGCGAAUUCGGCGAAUUCGACCUAUUCGCUGGUACGCGGAUGGAGACUCCUCCUCUAGUCCAGAAACUGUCAACGUCAGCUCCAACACAUGAUACCGUGAGUCCGGCGAGGCGAAAGCCCGUACCGACUCCAAGCAAACCCAUCCGGAAGCCGCCUCCUCCUCCUCUAAAUGCCUCAAAUCGCAGACCUUCACACCAUCGAGUCCACAUCCAUGGCAACCUGGCGCCUGAUGGACUACACUCACCAGGACCCACAGCAAGCCCAAAGCUCACACCGGGAGAAAUGGAGCAUCGCAGGCAUCAGGACCGGAUCAAGGCCAUUUUCAGACCACUUGAGGAUUACAUUGUCGCCACUGUCGGUGACUUUCACUGUCUCAACUCUUCAUUCAGUACCUUGCGGCCUGUAGCGUCUGGCCGAACACGGAGCGAGAGCAACAUCGUAACACCCCCACCCGAGCCGCAUGACGUUUUUCAACCCAGUCCAAUGGAGGGACUGUCCGGACUGGACGCCAAAACGCUUUUGAUAGGAGACAUUGGCGAGAACGGGUCAUGGUGGACCGGCAAAGUCGACCGCAACCGGUCCGAGAUUAGACGUAAGAAAGUUGGCGAGGGUCCCAAAAAGACCGUAUCUUCCAGAAGUGCCAACAUUAACUGGGCAGAGCUUACCAGCUGGUAUGGUCUUGUGCAUACCGCGGGCGAAGAUUGGCAGAAGAAUCUUGAAAACCUCAAACUGUCGAAGUUUCAGCUUCCAACGGAGAACGUCGCAGGUGAUGUCAACACCGAAGACAUUGAGGAAGAGCUUGGGAGUGCGAGAGAGCACGCGGUGCGGACUCUCCUGAAGGUCACCGAGAAUUUGCUCAAACGGCCCUCUAGGCCGAUCAAGGAGCCUGGAGACCUGCGGUUUCUGUUGAUAUUGCUGUCCAAUCCUUCCCUAUAUCCAUCAUCGGCCAGCAGUCAGACAACACUUCCAAGCCGCAGGUCAAAUGGGCACGCACAGGCGAGCCCGAGGAAGUCCCCAGCUCGCGACGGGACCCAGCAUAAUGGGCUACUCAAGCGAAUAUUCGGAUUGAUGGCGCACUCUACUGAUGCUUGUCAUCGCUACCUGGUUGGCUGGUUUACACGCUUCGACGAGCAUCACUUGGUGAAGACCAUCGAUCUCGUGGCCAGCUUCGUAACCUACAGGAUUGCUCGUACAUCAGGUCGCCCUCGAAGGAAAAGCUUGGUCAACGAUGGAGGAUUGAUACCAGACCUGUCCGGAUCCACCAUGAACACAUCCGCCCAGCUGCAUUCUGCAAUGGGUCUUGGUGGAUCAGUCAAGAAGAGCGCUGUCGAUCCAAAUGCUGAACCAGAUUGGGUGGGCGACUGGCAAAUUAAAGCAGCAGCGAAGGUGAUGUCUCUACUCUUUGCUGCAAAUAAUGUCUGGCAGGGCAAGCGCCGCGACSCCGAUAAGUCUUCCAUGACGAAGCCACGCAAGCCUGGACAGUUGUUGCACACGUCGAGCUUCUACAACACCCUACUCGACUACCAAGAUCUCAUCGCGGACUUUAGAGUGUGGGAGACCAGGCGUGACAAGUUUGCUUUUUGCCAGUAUCCACUCUUCCUCUCCAUGGGCGCCAAAAUCAAAAUCUUGGAGCAUGACGCUCGACGACAAAUGGAGAUCAAAGCGAGAGAGGCCUACUUCGACCAAGUCAUUCGCCAGAGAGCCAUCGACGGACAUUUCACACUUCGCAUUCGUCGCGAGUGCAUGGUAGAUGACAGUCUUAGACAGAUCAGCGCUGCUGUCGGUGCUGGUCAAGAGGAGCUCAAGAAGGGUUUGCGGGUACAGUUCACAGGCGAGGAAGGCGUCGAUGCUGGAGGUCCCCGAAAGGAAUGGUUCUUGAUGCUCGUGCGGGAUAUAUUCGACCCCAACCAUGGCAUGUUCAGCUACGACGACGAUUCGAACACGUGUUACUUCAAUCCCAACUCCUUUGAGACUUCGGAUCAGUACUAUCUCGUGGGUGCCUUGCUGGGACUCGCAAUCUACAACAGUACCAUCCUGGAUGUUGCCUUGCCUCCGUUUGCAUUUCGCAAACUCCUGGCUGCUGCUCCGAGCUCUGUCACGAGUGCAUCGAAUGUCUCCACCAUGACAGGUACAAAGGGACAAAUGAGCUACAAUCUUGAAGAUCUUGCCGAGUUCCGUCCAUCGCUCGCCGCUGGGUUGCAGCAACUACUGGACUUUGAAGGCGACGUGGAGGCGACCUACUGCAGAGACUUUGUCAUCCCGGUGGAGCGCUAUGGAGUAAUCACAAAUGUUCCACUCGUAACAAACGGAGAGAGUAUACCCGUCACGAAUGCGAAUCGGCAGGAAUUCGUGGAUGCCUACGUACGCUACCUGCUCGAUGUGGCCGUUGCUCGGCAGUUUGAGCCUUUUAAACGAGGAUUCUUCACGGUCUGCGCAGGCAAUGCGCUCUCCCUCUUCAGAGCAGAGGAGAUUGAGCUUCUGGUUCGCGGCAGUGAUGAGGCACUUGAUGUGGAUUCCCUGCGUGCCGUCGCGGUAUAUGAAAACUGGAGGCAAGUUGCCGAACCUCACCAUCUCCAUCCCAACCCGGCAAAGAGUGUGCCGGUCAUCGGCUGGUUUUGGGAAUCAUUUGCUGAAGCAUCGCCUGAAAAGCAGCGAAAGUUAUUGACAUUCAUUACGGGUACUGACCGGAUCCCGGCUGUUGGCGCUACGAGUCUGGUACUUCGUAUUGUCGCUGGAGGGGAUGGAUGGGGUGGUGGACUUCAUGAUGAAAGGCAGAGAUUCCCCAUUGCGAGGACUUGCUUCAACAUGUUGAUGCUGUGGCGAUAUGAUAGUCGCGAGCAGUUGGAGACUAAGCUGUGGCGUGCGGUUGAUGAGAGUGAAGGGUUUGGGUUGAAGUGA